ACGGCUCCCGUCGAGGGUCUUUAUCCAUUCCACCCGGCGCGAUUCUCCAUCUUCCUUACCAUUCCUUUUCCAAGAUUCUAGCUUUGUGUUUUUGGAAGAGGAAAUUAUUAUUGUCUUUGCUUUUGUGUGUCUCCUGCCCUGACGAUGUCGUACUACUACGACGAUCGCCGUUAUCGCUCCAACCGCGAUAGAUAUCGUCCCACCGGCUACGUCGAGGAAACCUAUGUUGACUCCCGCGGCGGGGACAAUGGCCGCAUGGAGCUUGUCCGUCGUUACGACGACAGCGACGAUGAAGUCAUUGAAGAGGUCCAGCGAGACUUUCCUCCCGGGGAGUACAGCUAUGGUAUACCAAGACGUAGUAAGACCACGACCGUCCGGGAAGGUGUUCGUCGAGCACGUUCCGUGGGCGGCCAGGAUCCUUAUUAUGGUGGGGGAUACUAUCGACGGGGUGGCCAUCGGCGACCGAGGGGCUAUGACGACAGACGAGACCGCCGCUCGAAGUAUUCGUCUUCAUCUCGCAGUCCAUCACCACGCCCAAGACGUCGCAAGUCCUUUAGUGAACAGGCUCUCGGUGCGCUGGGUCUAGGGGGUGUUCUUGGAGCCGCUGCUGGCAAGAAUCGUGAUGAUGAUCGUGGCCGCCCGCGUCGAGAGCGUCGUCGUCAUCGUCGCUCGUACUCAUACUCUUCCUCUCCGUCCCGUAGUCGAAGCAGGCACCGCGACAAGAGUGAAGGGCGGAUUGCUCAGGCGGUCAAGACAGCAAUUACUGCUGGCGCGGCUGAAGCAUUCCGUCUUCGCAAGGAGCCUGGCCCAUGGAAUGGAGAGAAGGGGAGACGAGUUCUGACGGCCGCUAUCGCCGCGAGCGGUGUCGAUGGUCUCAUUGACCGUGACCCAAAAAAGCACACUAAACGUCACAUCAUUGAAGCUACUCUUGCUGGUUUGGCUGCCAACCACCUCCUGAAUGGCCCGGCUUCCAGAUCUCAGUCACGGAAGCGCGGUGGCUCCCGGGGACGGUCUCAAAGCCGUGGCGGCAUUAAAGACAUAGCAUCUGCUGGUGUCUUGGCUGCAGCGGGUAAAGAGAUCUAUGACCGCGUACGUUCCAAGUCUCGGGGACGUCAUCGGUCGAGCUCGCGCGACGGUUAUGACAGCGGUGAUGAAAGCCCUCCCCGAGAUCGCCGUUCAAGGAAGCGCAGCCGGAGCGUGACCGACUAUAUUAGCAAAGGACUUGGGGCGCUUGGGCUGGAUGACGGCGGACAUACUUCGGACAGGAAGAGUCGUCGCGGGCGGUCAUUGGAACGGUACUCGGAUGAAGACUCCUACGACGACUAUUCAUCCGAGGACGAUUACCGCUCGCGACGUGAUGGAGAUAGGAAUCGAGAAGUAGGUCGACUCCGUGCCCCAACCGACAGCACCAGCCUCUCCACCAGGACUGGAGGCCCUGGCAGGGAAGGCCAUGGCUCAAACGGUGGUGGUGGCGGCGGUAGUAAUUCUAGCUCCGACUGUGAUUCUGACCUCGGCUCCAGUUCCGACGAAAAGCGCAUGCGUAAAAAGAUGCGCCGCAAUGAAUUUCUAACUGCAGGUUUGGCGACAGUGGCCACGAUCCAUGCUGCACACAACGUGGUGAAGAGUAUCGAAAAGCGGAAGAAGAGACAGGAGCAAUUGAAGGAAGGGAAGAUUACGCCUGAAGAGGCACGCAAGCGAAAGCAGAAGGCGUUGUUGGGAGACGCAGCGAGUAUAGGGUUGGCAGCACUAGGUAUUAAGGGUGCAAUUUCCGAAUGGAAGGAGGCCAAGGAGAAGCGUGAGGAAGCGCAUAAAUUCAUGCAUGAAUGUGAAGAGCGCCGACGCAAGAGGGAGGCGCGCCGUACGAGGAGCCACAGUGCGAGUUAUCCUUCGCGACGCCAUGGGUCUGAGUACUCAGAUGCCAAUCCGUACUCGUCAAGAGCAUGGUCAGACGACGGAUACUGAUGAGCUACGGCUAGU